UGACUGUAGGGGCGGGGCUUGUGUAGCAGGUGUGUGUGAGAGAUCACGGGAAGCGGCUCUUCUCUCGGCAGCGACGUCCCCGCUCCCCAGGCCGCCCCUCCCCCCACAGACCCGGCACUGUCCGAUCCUGCGCCUCCGCCAACAUGUCCUCCGGAGGAGACUUCGGGAACCCGCUGAGGAAAUUCAAGCUGGUCUUCCUGGGAGAGCAGAGCGUUGGAAAGACGUCCCUCAUCACGAGAUUCAUGUAUGACAGCUUCGACAACACUUACCAGGCAACGAUUGGCAUCGACUUCCUAUCAAAGACAAUGUACCUGGAGGACCGAACAAUCAGAUUGCAGCUCUGGGAUACGGCGGGACAGGAACGAUUCCGCAGCCUGAUCCCCAGUUACAUCCGCGACUCUGCAGCCGCUGUAGUAGUUUACGAUAUAACAAAUGUGAACUCAUUCCAACAAACGACAAAGUGGAUCGAUGACGUCCGGACGGAGAGGGGGAGUGAUGUCAUUAUCAUGCUAGUGGGGAAUAAAACAGACCUUGCUGACAAAAGGCAAGUGUCCAUCGAGGAAGGAGAGAGGAAAGCCAAGGAGCUGAAUGUAAUGUUUAUCGAGACCAGUGCUAAAGCCGGAUACAAUGUAAAACAGCUCUUCAGACGUGUUGCAGCCGCUCUCCCUGGUAUGGAAAGUUCACAGGACAAGAGCAGAGAAGACAUGAUCGACAUCAAACUGGAAAAGCCUCAGGAAGCUCCUGUCAGCGAAGGCGGCUGCUCCUGUUAAUCCUACGGUUCCUCCAUGUGUCCUUCGUCAGAACCUUCACUACUUCUCCUCCUCCCCCUCCCCGCCCCCCUACCCAUUAACUCUUCAUUAACUGCAGCGUGAAUCUGGGCUCACCCUUCUCACCUGUCCAUCGCUGGCUCCACUAUAUAUAAAUCUAUAUACGGUGUCUUCAUUAUUUAAAUGAAACUAAUGGUAUCAAGAAAGCGAUCUGCCUGUUCUUGUUCACAUGGUCCCCGGUGAAUGGCGCCAUCUCAGGACACCCGAGAUUCUACCGCUUCUGGCCAUGAAGACUCGCCUUGACGGGAUAUGGCUUGUGUACGCAGCCUGCACACAAGGGGCGCUUCCAUUUUAUGGGCUGACCAGUGUGUUACAUUUUUUUCAUAGGAAGCAAGGGCCUCACCAAGGCAUGAGGCACCAACAGCCUCGUGCCUCAGAUGAGACGACCACACACACACUAGUAAGGUUGACAGGCUCCUCCCACAAAAUGGCUGCUUCCUCCGUUCACGGGUUUUGGGGUUGUGGUCAUACUCGCCACUGUUUUAUAUUGCAGCAUGUUCCUGCAUCCGAGGUGUGAAUUGCUGCUUUGAAUAGUUUUCAUUUUAUUAACUUUUUUUUUUUUAAAUAAAGUUUAAACAAUGCACUUUG